CUCUAACUGUGAUUGUGAACAUUACUACAAAAAUAUCGAAAUUAUAGAGACCAUGCUAUUUCUCAGUCUAACAACAUGUCUUUGUUUAUGUUGAUCCACCCGUCAUUGGGUACAGUGAAACAAUAUUAAAUAUUGACAUCUCUUUUUUAAAAGCCACUGAAGUUGUUUUUCCCUUUUUGAGAAUUCAACAUGCUAUUUAAAGCUGGUCCGGUUGGUCCUGUGAACCACAAGCAGCAUGUGAUUAUCCCCAUCAUGUGAUCUCCCACGGCAGUAUGAAAGAGGGCCUUUUAUCUGAACUGUGAGCAGCUCUCAGAGGUUAGCAUGCAGCCUUAACAUACAGCCUCUUCAACUCGGGUCUGAUGAUGACAUAAUCAUCUGACUCUCCUAAUCUCUAUCAAAACGAGAGGAGAGGAGCUGGAGAGGAUUCCCUGCUGAGGGUUUUUGUCAUGGAUCCCUACGCCUCAGGCCAAAACAGCCAACCACCCUCCAGAUUCCAGUGGCUUUCCUUUGCUUACCAGGCGCUGACAGAGAUCCCAUAUGAGACCAUCCUCCCCCAGACUGACACACUGGAGGUGCUGGACCUCAGCUACAACCUGCUGGAUGAGAACCCGGCUCUGCUGGGGCAGCUGGAGAAACUCAGCACUCUGAUCCUGGACUGUAACAACUACACCUCCCACAUCAAGUUCCCCUUCAUGGCCAGUGUCACCACCUUGUGCAUCAACAAGAACAAGAUCAACAACCUGCCCGUGUUCGUGGAGGAAAUCCGGCGGAAGUUCCCCAACAUAAAGAUCCUCAGUAUGAUGAACAACGAAGCAGCACCGAGCUAUUUCAAUGGAGGGAGUCUGAACCAGUACACAGACUACAGGCAAUAUGUGAUCAGUCAGCUCUCCGGCCUGGAGAUCCUGGAUGACACUGAGGUCCUGCAGAAGGAGCGAGUCCAGGCCAGAAGAACAUACAGGCUGCAGCAGAGCCACAGCAGCAGGAAGAGGAAGGAGGACUUAAAGAAACACACACACAUGCAGAAGAAGUCAAAUACUGUCAUAUGACAUAGGAUAUCAUACGUUUUUAAAAUCAACUAUUUUAUGUUUAUUAUAUUACACAUUUUGUAUCUGCAUGUUUCAACAAAUAUUUAAAGCUACAAGAUAUUUUCACUGAGGUACUGUAAAUAUU